AUUUAGUUAGAGGCCGGGAGAGGUGAGGGAGGUAGGUGGAGAAGCGAAUAAAGGUUCUGUCUUUUCUGGUCUCCUUCCCCCUCGCUCAGUGCAGCCGAUGGCCGCCGAUCCCAAAACCUACAACUUCGAUGAAGUCGCCAAGCACAACGUGACCAAAGAUUGCUGGCUCAUCAUCUCCGGAAAGGUGUAUGAUGUUACCCCAUUUAUGGAUGAGCAUCCAGGCGGUGAUGAUGUCUUACUAGCAGCAACUGGGAAGGAUGCAACCAAUGAUUUUGAAGAUAUUGGUCACAGUACCUCUGCUAGGGAGAUGAUGGCCAAGUACUGCAUCGGGGAUAUAGAUUCUUCGACUCUUCAAGCUAAGCGCACCUAUGUGCCCGCACAACAAGCUCCCUACAAGGCUGAUAAAACUCCAGACUUCAUGAUCACAAUACUGCAGUUCCUCGUGCCCAUCUUGAUCUUGGGCUUAGCCCUUGCUGUCCGACACUUUACCAAAGUAGAGUAGCAGCUCCAUUUGCCUCGAUGAUCCAUACUCGAUUGAAACUUAGCCUUAGUGGUGGAUCUGAUAAUUUAAAGUAAUUAAACUGCAACACCAUUCAACCAUCCUGAUGGUCGCAAUGAAUUAGUGGUGUGCCAGUCAGAACUUCAUUGUUAUCUUGAUUCCUUUUAAUUUGCACUUUGGAGUUUCCUGUGUUAAAGCUGGAACAUCUCCAAGUGAACUGAGGAUGAAUUUUGAGCUAUUACAAUUUCAGCAAGAAAAAAAUAUAAUGAACUAAUGCUGUCUAGGCUUUCUUAAUC